CCCCGCCGAAUCAAAUAAUUUCAUUCGUUCCCUUCCGAUCUGAGAAAAAGAAGCUCUAGCUGCAAGAGAAAAGCCGAGAAGACAUCAGCAAUGGCGACGUUUAUCAAACUAGAAGAUUCACCCAUGUUUCAGAAGCAGAUAUGUUCUCUAGAAAAUACUGCUGAUGAGUUAAAAGAUCGCUGUCAAAGUUUACACAAAGGAUGUAAGAAGUUCAUGGCAGCCCUUGGAGAAGCAUGUAUUGGAGACACCACUUUUGCAGAUUCAUUAGAAGCGUUUGGCGGUGGACAAGAUGAUCCGGUUAGCGUGUCAAUAGGAGGUCCAGUUAUAUCCAAGUUUAUAAAUGCAUUUCGCGAGCUUGCUACUUAUAAAGAAUUUCUUCGUUCCCAAGUGGAGCAUGUGUUAACUGAUAGGCUGAUGGACUUUAUGAAUGUCGAUCUUCAAGAUGCAAAGGAGUCCCGCAGACGCUUUGACAAAUAUGUGCAUGCUUAUGAUCAGGCCCGAGAGAAGUUUGUUUCUUUGAAGAAGAAUACACGAGUGGAUAUUGUUGAAGAAAUGGAAGAGGAUCUUCAGAACUCAAAGUCAACAUUUGAGAGAAGCCGCUUCAAUUUAGUAAGUGCUCUUAUGAACAUUGAAGCGAAAAAGAAGUACCAAUUCCUGGAAUCCAUAAGUGCAAUUAUGGAUGCUCAUCUGAGAUAUUUUAAGCUGGGGUACGAAUUAUUGAGCCAAAUGGAACCAUAUAUUCACCAGGUAUUGACAUAUACCCAACAGUCUAAAGAACAGGCCAAUAUUGAACAAGAUAAGCUUGCAAAACGAAUUCAAGAAUUUAGGACCCAAUCAGAGUUGGACAAUUUAAAAGCUUCCGGUGACAAAGAACCAUCAACAAGUGCUGAUGGCAUUCAUGUCGCUGAUAUGGGCUCGUACAAAAAUAUAGAAGCAAUAACGCAGUCCACCAUAAAGGGAGAGGUGCAGAUAAUUAAACAAGGAUAUCUCUUAAAACGUUCUUCUAGUUUGAGAGGAGAUUGGAAGAGGAGGUUCUUUGUACUUGACGGUCAAGCAACUUUAUAUUAUUACAGAAGCAAGGGCAUGAAACCAAUGGGCUCCCAAUCACAUCGUUUGACUGGCUCUGUGGAUAACAAUAGUAGUGUUUUUGGAAGAUUUCGUUCAAAGCACAACAGGUCAUCUUCAUUUGGUGAAGAAACUCUGGGCUGUUGCACUGUCGAUCUUCGUACUGCAACGAUAAAGAUGGAUGCGGAGGAUACAGAUCUACGACUUUGCUUCAGAAUAAUUUCUCCAUCAAAAACGUACACAUUGCAGGCUGAGAAUGCUACAGAUAGGAUGGUUUGGGUAAACAAAAUUACAGGAGCUAUUGCAUCUCUUCUAAAUUUCCAUUUCCUGCAGCAGCCACAUCCUGGAAUCAGGCGUCUGGAGAAUGAUGCUAGUGAUGUUUCUUGUGUUUCUCGAUCGCUUGACAGUCGUAAAUACUUGGAGCAGGAUGUAACAGUUGAUGGAGCAGAUUGUGUUUCUAGAGUUUUCAGAGAAAUUCCAGGGAAUCAUAUUUGUGCAGAGUGCGGUGCUCCAGAACCUGAUUGGGCAUCUCUUAAUCUCGGCAUAUUACUGUGCAUCGGAUGCUCUGGUGUUCAUCGGAAUCUUGGUGUUCAUAUUUCAAAGGUCAGGUCGCUUACGUUGGAUGUCAAGGUUUGGGAACCUACGAUAGUGGACCUAUUCUGCACCUUGGGUAACACAUUUUGUAACUCUAUAUGGGAGGGAUUGCUUCUACUUGAGAAGGAAAGAAUGACUGAAAAUGCUACUAUCACCUCAAUUAUGAAACCAGACCCUAGAGAUGAUAUUCACCAGAAGGAGAGAUACAUACAAGCAAAGUAUGUGGAGAAAUCACUCAUCAUCCGAGAAACGGCCAUUUCUGCCAUUCCUUCAGCUGGCAUAAGCAUCUGGCAAGCUGUUGAGACAAAUAAUUUGCGAGAAGUAUACCGGCUUAUUGUUACAUCUGAUGUGAAUAUUAUCAGUACCACUUUUAAUGAUGUGGUGGGUGUUGCUUUGUAUCACCAUUCUGUUGGUGCUCAAGACUCAAUUGAUCACUGCAUCUCUGAAGAUAAACAGUAUGAUCCAGCGACCUGUCAGAGAAUAAAAGAUUCCAAUGAUCUGGGGACUUGUCUUCAAGGCUGUUCAUUAUUGCAUUUGGCAUGUCGCAGUGGCAACCCAGUAAUGGUUGAACUAUUGCUGCAAUUUCGUGCUGAUGUUAAUUUACGUGACUAUCAUGGAAGGACUCCUUUGCACCAUUGCAUUUCCUGUGGAAAGAACUCGUUGGCAAAGUUACUACUUAGAAGAGGAGCGCGCCCAUCAAUUAAAGAUGGCGGAGGCUUAAGUGUAUUGGAGAGAGCAAUGGAGAUGGGAGCCAUAACUGACGAGGAGCUAUUUCUUAUGCUUGCUGAAACCUAGUGAUUUAACUCGCUUGUGCAACCUGAAUGUGUGGAUCCUUCACUUGUGCUACUGCUAGUCGCGCAUUAUUGUCAGUACCUGAACAAUUCUUUUCUACCUUUUAUUAUCAUCUGGCAAAACGUAGGGAGAAAAUUCUGGUUAUGCUGUGUAUUAUUAGUUGAUACAUGCUAAUGACAUCUUCCCCCGAAUAUGCAGUUAUUGUCAACAACACGAGAUGGUAUUCUUUUUUGGGUCAUAAUAAGUUAAUGGUACUUAAAGCAAUUAGCUAUUGAUUGUAACAAACUUGGACCUAUUUAUACUC